ACACCCCCGAUAUUAAUAAAAAUCCCCCGUUGGCAAGGUACCGCCAAAAAAGGCCCGUGGUUUUCUCCCGAUUUGGGUACGUCAAAAUCCCCGUGUUUAUAUUUUGGUGUAUUUUUAGACUAGUUUAUCGUUUUAGCCGGGCUAAAAACGGUAUACCGGUCGAUAAUUUACACCAUCAUUUUGGCGCCGACCGUGGGACCCGAACAAAAUGUUGUGUUUUUUGUUCGGCCAAUUUUUUCUCUUACCACACGAAGCGAAUAUCCAUGCGCCCAUACUCUCAUUGAGGUCCGCCGCUGGUAUCGGAGCUAAGGCUCUCAAAAACCUAGCCUCUCUCUUUUUUUCCGACUACCGCCCACCAUGGCAGCCCCGUCGGAUCCUUUGGCUUCCUUACCCUCUGGAGUAAAACUUUUGCUUCGGAGUCUCCACAACUUAAUCCCAGAAAAACUCACCGAAACAAAUUAUCCGGCAUGGUCUCUCAAUGUCCAGACAGCUCUUUCAGCUAAUCUCCUCCUUGGAUGGAUUGAUGGUCAUGAAGCAGCCCCAGCACCAACUAUCUCCAAAAACGAUAAAACUGUCCCUAAUCCAGAGUAUACCUCCUGGACCAUCGUUGACACACAGAUCCGCGCCUGCCUCCUAGCGGUCAUCAGCCCCUCCGUUCACAAACAUGCUUGCGGCUUCACCACAUCUGCUGCCCUCUGGGAUGCUUUGGCCGCAUGGUACAAUUCCGUGUCCACCGCUCAUAUUUAUCAAAUCCGGGACAAACUCCACACUCUUCGUAAAGGCACCAAAACUAUAACACAAUACCUUGAUGAUGUGGCCACUAUUCUCUCGGAUCUCGAUGCCUUGAAAUAAGAGUGCUCCCCGUGCAAUGCAUGCAUCUACGAGUAAUCAUUUUGGAAACUGGUAUCUGGACACUGGUGCCAACACCCAUGUCACGUCUGAUUAUUCUCAGCUACAAUCUCCUCAUCAAUACACUAGUACUGAUACUAUUACCGUAGGCAAUGGUCAAUCCCUACCCAUCACACACUCUGGCUCCGGUUUUGUCCAUAUGCCUAAUGGAUAUCACCCCACCACUAAAGGGUAUAAAUGCUAUGAACCCGUGUCUCAAAAAGUUUAUGUCUCUCGUCAUGUUCGGUUCGUCGAGGAUCAGUUUCCAU